UUGGUGGUGGAUGAUCGGAUGGGCGGAGCGGAGAGCAGCCUGGAAGUGUAGUGUUGUUGGAUGCUAUAGAAUAGAUGGAAGCAGUGUUAUUAUUAUUCAUCGAUCAUCUAUGAGAGUGCGAUCACAUCGUACACCUGACAGAAGUUGUUGAAACGGAAGAGGUAGCGGGGAAGAGAUAUACGCUACAAUGGACCUGUCUUCACUGGUGAACAAACUUGGUCACCAGCUUGUAGAGAUUCGAGAAAGAGCUCUUAAAAACAUACUAUGUAAACUGGACCAUAAUCUUAUAGCUGUUGUAGACCUAGUCCAAGAGAAGUCUUUAUUUGUACAUCUUCUCGAAUGGUUUAAUUUCCCUACCGUUCCAAUGAAGGAGGAAGUUCUUCUGCUUCUACAAAAGUUAAUCAAGCAUUCCCUAGCUGCUCAGUGGCUGCUUGAUAUGGGUGCUGUAGACUUCUUUUCUCAGCUUCGGCCAAACAUUGAACCAAACCUUCAAGUUUUCGUGGAUGGCAUUUUAGAUGGCCUCUUCCUUCUUCCAGCAGAAAGUCCCUUUGGGCCUCUCCCAUCACUGGAGAACAAAGCCUGGCAAGGGCAGGACUAUGCAGCUAUACAGCAUUGCGAUGAUGGAUCUGCUGGAUAUUUUCAACAAGACGCUUUAAGGCUUCAGCCUACAGAAAUUAAGCCAGACGAAUCUGGAGUAUAUCAGAGUAAAGCCACCUGCUUGAAGUUUUCCACAUUUCCAUGGCUGACCAUAACUUCAACUGAUAAGCAUGUGCUCUCCUCAAAUGAAUGCUCUCUGAGAAGCAAAAACCAUGGCUUAAUCUGGAGAAGUUGUCAACUUCUGCAGGACGUUGUAAUGGAAGAUUUUCCUGCUGAAAUCUUUCUUCAAAGACCGAAGAUUGUAAAGAGCCUUCUGUCUUUACUGGGCCUUGCAUGUGAAAAAGAUGAGCAGCGGCAUUUGGCAUUCCAGGCUGCAUCCUGUCUGCACCACUUAAGUACCCUGUUGAGAAGCAGAUUGAACUUUCACAGGGAUCCGGGGUUUCUAAGCACUAAACAGGAAGUAGUUUCCCAGAAUUCUUCUGUAUCUUACUACACUCCAGCCACCCGUAAUUCUCAGAACCCUUCUCCUAUAAAUGAGCACCUUCGGCCUUCAGUUGUGGGACGCACAAGUCAGCGACUUAGAGGAGAUGGACAAGAUUGGGAUGCUACAUCUUCUAGUGGAAAUAGCAUUCAAGCUCAUGCCUAUUCCCGGACAUCACACUUGUCACCAUUGGACAGAGGUCACUUGGACCCUUUAGAUAUUGAAAAUGAAGAUAUGCUAGACCUGCAGUUUCAGCAACUCAGUCUCCCUCAGUUCUGUGUGUUGGUUUUGGAAAGUGCAACGCCUCUGUUGAAGUCAGAAAGAAGAAAGAUGAUACGACUUGUCCUUGAACUGCUGAACGAAAACUUGGUACUGCUUUGUGAUGCCAUUUCAGAAAACGUAUGGGAGGAUCGAAGUCUCGUAGGACAAGAACUGAGAUGUAAACUGCUUUUCGUGCUGGAUACACUUGGGGAGGUUAUAUUGUAUCAUAAAAAUAACAAUAGCUCUGAGAAGCCUGACUCUUCUCUUGUGAACCACAGAAUGGCAUUUAUCAGCAUCUCUCUUUUUACAAUGCGACUGCUGCAAACGCUUCUCCCCGUGGAAAAGGCAAAUGAUGUGCUGCCGGAAAGCUUGAUGAAUGCUUUGUUUCUCCUAUCUGUCGACCUGCCGUUUCGUAUUGCAUAUCCCAGUGUUCAUGAAUCUGUUAUAGCUUUUAUGGAGCAGCUGAAUUCUGAGGACUAUGGGGUCUAUAAACAAGCCUCGGAGACUGUGUAUUCAAUUGAGUGUACCGCAUCCUUUAUGUCCUGUUCAAGCAAAGAGGGGGCAAACUUUUUGGAAUUGGUGGAAUUGGCAGAGAAAGCUCUUACUAGCCUUCCCUAUCACAAACAUUUCUCAUUGGUUCGAAAAUUCAUCCACGCUUGUUCAGACAUAUUUAACUCGGCUCAAAGUGGUCCUGUACUUCUGGAAGAGUCUCAGAAAAUACUUCUGCGCAUGAUGUCCCACUGGGUGCCCGCUGUGAGAGUUGAGGCUUAUAAUAAUUGUCUCGAAAUUGUAAAGGAUGCCUUAGGAAUUUACAAUGUGACGAAGCCUGUUUCUUCAAUUUGCAGUAGUAUAAAUUUUUUACUUCAUCAAAAAGUUCUCUAUGAAAUAAUCACAUUUGGCUUACAAGACUCAAACAAAGAGAUUUAUUGUGCUGCUAAGACCAUUCUGACAUUUUUACUUCAAGGACAGCUUGUGAUGUCUGCAUUGUGCUGGAAUAAAUUUAUUGAAGCACUUCAUCCUGUCAUACCAGUUUUACAGGGCUUUGCAGAUAUGGAUGAUGCAGUGGGUACCUCCAUCCUAACCUUAUGUGAGACAUCAGAAAGAGGAGAAGGAAUGUUGACUAAAACAGCUCUUUUAAGAGCUGCAAUGCGAUUUUUAUUUGCUAAAAAGCUGACGCUCCGUUCUGUGGGCAUUAAGUGGCUAUCAGUCCACCUAAUGAAUGAAAGAGAUUCAAGGUGCAGACGCCCCGAGCUGCAAGGAAGUGUAAUGUCAAAAGCCGUUAGCAUUUAUAUUACAGAGCGGCCGGUUGACUUAAAGCUGGAUGAUAAGGGAAUAUCCUUUUUCAAGGCAGAGACUGUCAAGAAAGUGGCUGAAAUCUUAACUUCAGAAAAUGUGGACAUAGCACUUCGCAAAUCAGCCGCUGAACAGCUGGCAGUUAUAACACAAGAUACUACAAUGCACAGUGUAGUUAAAGAGCAGAAGGUUGUGGAGACAAUACGUAAUGUACUGCAGAAAUGUGUGCACCAGGAUGGGCAGGCUUUUGAGUGCAUGGUUUGCCCAUGCUUAACACUACUACGAAAGUUGGUAUACGCUGACCCAGUCGUGCGCCUUACACUGGCACAGGAGCCGGAUUUUCUCCUUACUUUGUUCAGAGUGUCUUUGUUAUUGCAGAAUGAUUGUUCAGCUCUAAAUGAAGCCGCAGCGGUACUAUGUCUGCUUCUUUUUGAUGACAUAUCGAGAACAGACACUUGGUCACAAAGUACUUUCAGUAGCAUGCCUCCAUUUAGCUUGCCGGUCGCAGUAUCUAGAAGGUUUAACCUUCCUGUCAUUGCAAGCACUCAUCAUGCAGUUAGUCCAUACACCAUGUCCUCUCCUUUAUCCUCGGAAUGGAUAACGACAAAACCAGUAGCAGACAUGCUUCGGAUGGCUUGGAAUUUGUCUUGGUACCAAGGGAUUGAUAACCUUUUGUCAAGUGUAGACAAGGAACAGCAUGAAACUGAAAAUUUUUUAGAGACAUUAAAGUUAUCCUCAGAAGAAGUUCUGACAUUGAAGAUGACACACUCAGCCAGUGGACUGCAAGAUUGCCUGAGUUAUAUCGUUCAGGCUGUGUCUCAUGGGGAAGUGCGUUCUGCUGUUGCUAGGAUGAAUUUUUAUCUCCUAAAUGACAGGCUGGUUCUAAACUGCCUCACUGACUAUAACAUGUCCGCCUUGAAGUGUUUGCCUUGGCAUACUGCACUGAGCAGGUUUUUGCUGGUUCAACCAGCAUGUGCUGAAGAUGAAAAGCUCCUGGCAGAUGUGAUAAGUUUCCUAAACAAGAUCCUGAGAGAACAGAGUAGAAGCUCAGAUUCACAAGAUCUCCAGUGGAUACUGGAGAUGCUACUUAAACAAAGCCCAAGUCCACUACUAGAUCUAAUCAUCCAGAAAGAGCAAACGGCCAAAAAGGACGUGGAUGAUACACAAGCAGCUGUGAGGCAGCAUCUGCAGAAAGAGCUGAUGGUGUUUUUUAACACGCUAAUGCUCUGUUUAACUUCAGUUACUGAUCGGAAGUGCAUGGCUCUUGCCGGAACAGUCAGAGCACAGCUAGCCCUGCGUUUGCUCGAUUGUUUGAAAGUGUCAGACGCUCCCCAUUUCUAUGGUCUUCCAUCUUUAGCCAGAACUCUGAAAGGCAUGGUCCAUGUCACAUCCUUGCCAGGAUGGAGCUCACAUUGCCCUACGACAGAGACCGCCACCAUCUGUGUGAAGUUACUGACCAGCCUUCUUGAGAUCAUUUCAUCGUUUUAUGUGGAAUGGGGAGGAAAUGCUCUUUCCUAUAUGGGGAAAGGUGUCACGAAGAGCACAGUAUUGUGCUUGCUUCACUUGUCCCAUGAGAUGACAGCUCAAGCCAGGAACACGGACUGGGUGCCUCUUUGGUCUUUACCAUAUGAUCAUGGUACUGAAGAACAAGUCAUAUCACGGCUGGGUUUGGAAUGGUUGAUUCCUUUGUGGGUAGACAGAGACCCAGAGGUGAGGUUCACUAGCCUGGGCAUUGGAUCUGCCUUGACAUCGAUUAAAGAAGGUUGUGUUACUUUGUCUGACAGUUGUCAGAACAUUUCUGGAGGCUUAUGGGGGACAGUGCUAAGUAUCUUUCUAGACCAGUACGAAUGCAGCAUGGUGCGCAGAGAGGCUGCCUUCAUUCUUCAAAACAUGCUGGUUAUUCCAUUGUCACAAAAUACAGAAGAUGCCAGUGAGUUCACUCUUCAGGGCCCAACCAUACAUGAUGAGGAGACAGGAUUGCCAUUAGCUGGAAAAGCUGCGCUCAAGGCUCUCUUGCAACACUACAAUUUCUAUGAACAUGUCAGCAACAUGACUAAAAACUGCUAUCUGGAACAACACACAUUUGACAUCAGUAAUUCUACAUAUAAGUCAGCACAUGAACAUCUGAAUUGCUCUGAAGACUCCCUUUACUUUUGGAACAGCAUACCCAACAUCUCUAGCACAGCUGGUUCUGAAUCAACUUUAAGUACAAUAAUUCAUACUGGAUCCUCUAGCACAAGUGGCUCAGAUCCUCGGGUUGCAAUCUCUGAUUCUUCCAUUUUGGAAAAUGUGGUCGAUCAAGGACUCAAUCAAGGUCAAAACAACAAUGCAAGAACGGCAUCCCUGAGCUCUGAGGAGAUUUGCGUCUCUGCGUGCGUGUCUGACCAGUGUUCCUUAGUCACACCAUCCCUCUUGUCAGCAGUCUGUGGAUUACUGGAGAAUCUGCUAGUAAUGAAUUCUGAAGAUACUGUCAACGCUUUGUCUAAGACGCAUUUGCUGUCAGAUCUAACAAGUCUCAUAAAGCCAGCUGUACUCGAAAGGUGCUUUUCUGAUCUCAAGGCUUCACUCACCCCUGAAGGUCGCGCACGGAAAAAAAAGUCACAGGUGCUGGUUCUGCUUGACUAUCUGUCCUCACUGUCAGGAUUUCUGCAUUCGUAUGUUCUUGUGGAUGCUAGUUUAUUGAUCCAAGAUGAACUAAUAAGGUCACUGUUGGCGACUUUGACUUCAGUACUCUUCACUCACCAUAAAAAACAUUUGGAUGCUGAGCUAAAGAAUGCAAUUUACCAAACACGGACAGACAUAUUUAUGUUGUUAACCACCUUACUGAGGAAAAAUGGUCCCGCUGUUAUAAUUCCUAUCACAGAAGCUGUGGCAAAACACGGGAAUGCAUUCUUCGACUUGAUGUCUGAGUGCGUGGCAUUAGCUGGAAGCCACCCCGAUCUUUAUUCUACCAGCUUGCAGUUUCUGUCGGUUCUUCUUGCAGAAGAAGGAAAUCAUCGCCUGCAUGAGUCACAGACAAGUACACCACUGCAUUUACUUUUAGAUGGAAAUCUAAAAAUAGGGAACAGCCUGUGCAAAAUCAUUUUACAGAGCUAUGAAGAGAAAUCCUUGGAGGACCCUCUCGGGCAAGUAUGUGUGAAUUCUUUAAUCUCGCUGUUGGCUGUCAGCAGAAGUGCCCAGGUGUACAGUCUACAAGUUCACUUUGUAGAUUCCUGCACUGAAAAGUUGAAAUACAUUCAUGCACAGCUGAAUCUUGAGUCCCUUCGACCAGGAAAAUCGCAGAAGAAAAAGGAGGAAAGUUAUUUGAAGCAGGUGAAGGUGACAAUGCAUCUUCUAAGGAACUGCCUGUAUAAAAAUGAAGAAUGCAAAGCAGCCGCUCUGGAGUGUCAGCUUGCUCCGGUGCUGCAUUCUCUAUGGCCAUGGCUUUUGAUGGAUGACGCGUUGAUGCACGGUGCUUUGCAAUUACUUUGUGUCUACACAGCGAACUUUGCCGCAGCUUGCAGCUGUUUAUGUUGGAUGAACACUGGAGUCACGGCUGUCCAGCCAUCACAAAAAUCACAGACAAGCAGCUCGAUACUCCAUAGCAUUUUGAAGAUCGCCGCUGAGCCUACUUCUUAUACCAGCCACACGCAACAAGUGCUCUUUGAUCUACUUUCAAACUUGUCUGGCGCACAAGACUGCAAGUGUAUUAUACAGAAGAAUAAUUUUCUACAGCACUUUCUGAGUUUAUCAUGGCCAAAAGGAGGAAACAAGAGCCUCAGUCAUUUAGCGAACCUAUGGCUUAAAUUUUUGUGGCACUUGUCUUUGUCCAGUGAUGGUCAGCUGAUGAUCAUGAAGAUGAAAGGAAGUUUAGAAAUUCUUCUUGAACUUACAAAGUAUAAGCAGAAAGUGAAAUUGCCCAUGGUCCUCCUUAUUUUACACAACAUCUGUUUUAAUCCAGCAAAUAAACCGAAGAUACUUUCAAAUGAUAACAUUGUAGCUGAGCUAUGCGCUUGUCUGGAAAGUGACAGUCCCAACUCUCAGAGAAUAGGAGCUUCUGCAUUAUGGGCAUUGCUUCACAAUUACCAGAAGGCAAAAGUGGCUUUGAAGAGUCCUUUGCUGAAGGGGAAAAUAGAAGAAGCAUUAUAUGCAAUGAGGAAAAAUGAAACCGGCUUGGAAGAUAGACAUGAAGUGUAUCAUUUAAAAUGCCUGGAGAAUCUGGAGCAAGUUCUUGCCAAUUGACAAUGGCAGCAUCAACACACUAGAGUGAUUAACAAACCUGGCGGAUACAUGAUUUAUACUAUGUGAGCAGAUGUUUCGAGAAAGGACACAUUUACUGUGUGAAAUCUAUCACGUCAUUUGAAACAAGAAGAUUUUUCUUACUCUUGUUUGUUGUAUGAUGUGCCAGCAGCUAUUUUUGCAUUCGAAAAAUCAAAUCUCAUGGGGCUAAGUUACAA